UGACAAUCAAAGAGAUGACAAUCUGACAAUCAAUAUCAAUAUAAUAAAGAAAAUUUAUAAUUUACAGCUAAAACAAGUAUAAGAGUGAUAAAUAUUAUUUUAAACUAAGCUUAUCUGGUAUCUUAUACAUAUUUAAAUUUCUUUAGACAUAACAUAACAUAAGCCAUAACAGUUUAUAAUAUCUACAUUAAACAAUAAUACCCCCAGCUAUUUACUAAAGUAAUUUCAAUGCCUAAAGGGUGUAAAAAACGAAAUAUGAAGAUGCAGAAUGAAAAAAAUCUAAAGAAAUAUUUUCAUAAUAACCGACCUAUGUACGACGAACUAAUGACUAAUGUUCAGAAAUUAAGAAAUUAUCGAUAUUUUAAUAAUCAUGUGCCUCCCUCUGAAAGUCAAAAUCACGACACCAAUGAGACUCAAAGUGAAAAUACCGAAGAUAUUAUUACACCAGGAGGUAGUAAGGAACCACGAGUGAUAAGAAAAAAGAGUCUCUAUAUAAAUCCUGAGGGAGAACCAGAUGUGUCCAGUCCACCCCAGACUUAUGCUCUAGGCUAUUCUGAAAACAAUGUAACCUAUUGGCAGAGAGCGAGUGAUACAUACACAGAGUCAUACUUGCCUCGGAAAUCAAACAGACCACCUCCGAGUCAAAAAACUCUUAGGAAGCAAGCACGAGCACAAGCACAGAAAAAUAAAGUCGAGACGACUUUAAACAAGAUGUUGUUGAAACCUGUAGAAAUCAGCAAGGGUAAAAGUUUAUUGGAAAAAAUGGGAUGGACUGGAGGAGGUCUCGGCAAAGAUGGAAAAGGAAUUGUAAAUCCUAUUGUACCAAAAGCAACAUAUGCCGCCAGCACUUUAGGCCUGGGACACAAUUCGGAAACAGAACGAGAAAAAAAGAAACCAUUAAAAAAAAUAAAUACGAAUAACUUAAAAUUCAACCACAACUUUCAGACAAAUGUCCUCCUGAAGAUCUUAGAGUUUGUUAAGAACGAUUCCGAAGUUGAUUUGUUAUUUGAGCAGUCAUUAUACCAUCAGGAAAGAAAGAAGAUACAUAGCAUAGUGGAGGCGUUGCGUUCAUGUACUGAUGUCUAUGAAUUGGCAUACAUAAAACCAUUGGACGUAGAAGUAGCGCGUGAAAUAUUGAGCUAUAAUACUUAUUUGCUACAAACAGUAAGCUACGGCAAGCAUCCUGCUCGUGCACUGCGUUUAUACAAAGACGCUCCAUCUUAUGUCUACCUUAUAACACCGGAUGAUUUGAAAGAUGACGAUGACGAAGAAUUCAAUGACUUUUGUGAACCAUUAGAAAUUGAUAAUAAAGAUAAAACAGAAAACGAAAUUGAAACGUUUACAGAAAAGGUCAAACAUUUAGAAGUCGAAAAGGAUGAAACGGGGAACGUUGUACAAGAUCACAGUAAAAUCAAUUUAAAUUCUAGUAUAGAAGAAAAUACAAUAACUAGAGAAGAUUUAAGAACUAAAAAUGACGAUCCUAACUUAAAUCAUGAAUUGAAUAUAGAAAAAGUUUCAGAUAGUCAAAAGUUUAUGGAAGUUGACAACUCUACUAGCAGUGUUAACUCUCAGUUAGAUUCUAAAUUACAUUCUAAAAAUGAUCCUAACUUAAAUCUUAAAUUAGAUGUAGAAAAAGUUUCAGACGGUAAAAAGUUUAUGGAAGUUGACAACACUACUAGCAAUGUUAACUCUCAGUCGGAUUCUGAACUACAUUCUAAAAAUCAUGAUCCUAACUUAAAUCUUAAAUUAGAUGUAGAAAAAGUUUCAGACGGUAAAAAGUUUAUGGAAGUUGACAACACUACUAGCAAUGUUAACCCUCAGUCAGAUUCUGAACUACAUUCUAAAAAUCAUGAUCCUAACCUAAAUCUUAAAUUAGAUGUAGAAAAAGUUUCAGACGGUAAAAAGUUUAUGGAAGUUGACAACACUACAAGCAAUGUUAACUCUCAGUCGGAUUCUGAACUACAUUCUAAAAAUCAUGAUCCUAACUUAAAUCUUAAAUUAGAUGUAGAAAAAGUUUCAGACGGUAAAAAGUUUAUGGAAGUUGACAACACUACUAGCAAUGUUAACUGUCAGUUAGAUACCAAACAAUAUUCUAAGACAGAAAGCUUAGAAUGUUCUUUAAAUAAUGAUAAAACAAUUGAAAAAGUCUUAGAAGAUGAAAAUAAAGAAAAAUUAAAUCUAGAUUCAAAUAUAAAAAUUGAACAAGAAGUCAAAAAUAUAGAAAACGAAAAUCCAGGAAAUGAACUGAAUGAGAGUUCUGAACAAAACUCAGAAAAAACUUUGUUAAGUGUAAUAGUUGAUUAUUUUAAAGAAUUUAUGGAAGAUACAAACUAUCUAGAACUUCGAUUUUUGGGUCCUUUUAGUAAUGAAGAAGUCGAUGCUAUAAAUAAGUUUUUUGAUAUUUGUCUAAAAAGGGACAAUGAGGAUAGUGUUGAGAAGACUGAAAUAUUAAAGGCCUUAAACAAUGAAGUAUAUGAUAUUGAAAUUAAGGAAAAUUUGAAUGGUAGCAAUGUAGUGUACAAGUCAGAGAAAUGCUUACAACAAACGACUCCACAGUAAACUUUUGUUUACAAAAAAGAAAGAAAUUCGUAUUUCUUAUCUGUCGUAGCAAAA